CACUGAUUCAGUCCGGGGGGCAGGUGUGUGUGGCGGCUGUAGAUUUGGGUUUCUCCAGGCAAACAGUGCGAUUCCACAGAUCCUCGGUCCAAUUUGGUCGGUUGUGGUUUCACACAGUAAACUGUAGAGGACUUUGCUGAGCGGAAGCAAAAGUUUUUGGAAGGAUCCAUCAUCGGUACACCCCUCGGUGUUCCGGAACUCGGCAGAAGUGAUGUAACUUUACCGGCUUUUCGCUCGGCUAUAGAAGUACAAAGAGAAAAAGCUCGUUUGGAACAGAAUUUCUUUCUGCUGUUGUUUAAUAAACGACUCGGUUCCAGUUAGUCUCGGUGUUUUCUCUGUGGGAGCAGGUCAGCAUGAACUCAGCCCGCCGAUGUUCGGCCUUGUUGGGCCAGAUGUGUGCGUCGUCUCGGGGCGGACAGGCGGCCAGGACAGGGUUCCCACCGGCGGCGGUGUCGGUGACAGGCCCCGCGGGGCUCCGGUGCUGUCACACAGGAGGAGGAGGAGUGAGAGGAGCCCCCAGCGCCGCCACAGCAACAGUGUGUCCGAUGGGCGGCAGCAGCAGCAGGUUGUUCGGUACCUUGGCCCAGACUCUAAGCACCGCCCCCUUGACCCAACCUGAUCCAUACUCGGAGGAAAGCCCAGACCAGGACUUGGACCAGGACUUUCCAGAGGUGGACCCAGACCAGCUGCUCAGAGAAUGUGAAGCAGCCCUGCAGAGGCGUCCAGCUCGACCACACCGGGACCUGGUCCGUCCGGUCGGCACUGCACCGUGCAGCCACAGACAAAACCCGUCCAUACGGGUCCUGCAGUGGAACAUCCUUGCUCAAGCUCUCGGGGAGGGGAAGGACGGCUUCAUCCGCUGUCCACUGGAGGCUCUGAACUGGGAUGAGAGGAAGUACCUGAUCCUGGAGGAGAUCCUCACCUACCGCCCUGACAUUCUGUGUCUACAGGAAGUCGACCACUACUACGACACUUUCCAGCCAAUCAUGGCGAGCCUGGGUUACCAUGGCAGCUUCCUAGCCAAGCCGUGGUCUCCCUGCCUGGAUGUGGAGCAGAAUAACGGUCCUGACGGCUGCGCCUUGUUCUACCGCCGCUCACGCUUCACCCUUGAAUCCACGUCCCGCCUGCGGCUGUCCGCCAUGAUGCUGCCCACCAACCAGGUGGCCAUCGUCCAGACGCUGACCUGCCGCCUGUCCGGCCGCCGGCUGUGCGUGGCCGUCACACAUCUGAAGGCUCGUAGCGGCUGGGAGAGGCUGCGGAGUGCGCAGGGCGCUGACCUGCUGCAGAGCCUGCGGAGCAUCACGUCCCGGGGCGGCGGCGGUCUGAGUGAGCCGUCCUCGGGAACCACCCCUCUGAUCGUGUGUGGGGACUUCAACGCUGAACCGUCGGAGGACGUCUACAGACGCUUUGUCUCCUCGCCGUUAGGGCUCGACUCGGCGUACAAGCUGCUGAGCUGCGACGGACAGACGGAGCCAGCUUACACCACCUGGAAGAUUCGGCCUUCCGGGGAGAGCUGCAGCACGCUGGACUACAUCUGGUAUUCCCAGAAAGCUCUGAGCGUGGAGAGCCUGCUGGACAUUCCCACUGAGGACCAGAUCGGACCAGACCGCCUCCCAUCCUACCACUAUCCCUCAGACCACCUGUCACUACUCUGUGACAUCAGCUUCAAGGAGGAGCCCCACAGGCUCCUGUAGACCGGUCUGACCUGGACCUCAGACCUAAACCAGUUUUAUGUAGACUGGUCGAAACUGGACCUUAGAACUGGAACAGUUUUACGCUGACCGGUCCGACCUGGACCUUUAGAACUCGGCCGGUUUCAGACUGGCCCUAACAGGACCUCAUAGCUGGACUGGUCCAUCCUGGAGCUCAGACCUGAACCGGUUUCUUUCAGAGAAAUCACAUGGACCAAAAUACAGAACCACAUUUAGUUCUUCUGUUACAGAGAAGACAUGAUGAUCAGACCCGCAUGGGCCCAGACAGACCUGAUUAGACCUGAUCAGACCUGCAUGGACCCAGACAGACCUGAUAUGACCCGCAUGGACCCGGACAGACUUGAUAAGACCCGCAUGGACCCAGACAGACCUGAUUAGACCUGGUCAGACCUGCAUGGACCCGGACAGACCUGAUUAGACCCGCAUGGACCCGGACAGACUUGAUAAGACCUGAUAAGACCCGCAUGGACCCGGACAGACCUGAUAAGACCCGCAUGGACCCGGACAGACCUGAUAAGACCUGAUCAGACCCGCAUGGACCUGGACAGACCUGAUUAGACCUGAUCAGACCUACAUGGACCUGGACAGACCUGAUAUGACCCACAUGGACCCGGACAGACUUGAUAAGACCUGAUAAGACCUGCAUGGACCUGGACAGACCCGAUAAGACUUGAACUUUAGACUUGUGAGGUAGUGUUGCGGUUUCUAACAGAACCAGGACCAAGAAGUAAACUGUAACAUCACUGCUGCUGGAAUAUUUGCUGGGUUUGGAGGACCAGGUGAGACUGGACGUUUUGGUCUGGAGUCUCUCAGGAAGAUAAAGUCUCAUCUCUGAGCAGCUGCACUUAUUUAUUUUAUUUAAAACUCAUUUAUUCUGAUGAAGUUAAAGAAUUACUCAGAGCUUUACAACAUGGUGCAGUGACGUUUUCAACGGCUCCUCUUUUUGACGGAGACGUCAUGAGUUGUUGCUAUGACAACAGUGCAUGACAAAUAUUUUUAGAUAUUAAUAAAGUUUAUUUUUACUCUGAA